AUGGCCGCAGCAGCCGCCGCCGCCGGCGGUGAUAAGUACGGCUUGUCGGCGGGGGUAGGCGCUACGGCGAGCACGGCGGCGGCGGCUGGUGAUGAGGUUCUGUCGGCGGUGGGGAGGGAGGAAGGGCUGCUGGAAGCGGUGUGCGAGCUGGCGCUGGCGUCCCCGCUUGCCCCCGCGGGAGGCGGGCCGACGUGGUCGGAGUACGGGUUGCCCGCGGACUGCCAGAGGUCCGCCAUGGAAGUGCUGGCCGUGCUCGUCGCGAGACACCCGGCGAAUCAGGUGGCACUGCUCGAUAGGACCCUCGAUGCGUUCCUGUCCGGCAACACCGAAUGGUGCAAAUCGGUUCUCGCCGGAGUCGCCGCGAAGCACGCCUCCGCCGCAAGACUAGAGGACGCUAGCCGAAGCUCCUCCCCCCCCGCGUCCACCGGGAACCCGUCCUCCGUCCCCCGCAGCAACGAUCACGUCUCCGUUGCGAACGGCACUAGCAAGGAGCGGGACGUCGGAGGCGUUGCCGUCAUGUCCACCGUCGCCAAAAUAGGCCUCCUGUGCGUCCGCGCCUCCUCAGCCGCCGCUCCCCAGUCGUCGAAGCCCGGCGAGACAGAGGCUAACGGUGGAGGCGGAGAGGACGACCCGCUGGCGGCGGCGCUACGCCUCCGCCUCCUCCGGCGCGUGCUGCAGGCGGGCGGCGCCGACGCUCGCGCGAUAGCCGCCAGCGUCGGCUUACCUACCGGGGCUGCUGCUGUACGGCGGGGGGGUGAGCGCGCGCGGGAGUCGAGCGAGGGGGAAAGCAACGGCCGGGAAGAGCCGAGCGGAGUCGAGGGUCCGAUUGAGGAACAGCAGCGGGGAGGCGGAGAGCGUGGCGGCGGCGGCGGGGCGGGGGGGGCGUCGGACGGGAACGGGGAGGGGGGGUCGGGUAGAAGGGUACGGUGCGGGCCUCCGCUGACGCCGGCCCUGGAGGUAGCGAUGAGGCUGCUGGCGGACGGGUACAAGUGCGCCGUCACGCGACAGACCGGUGUCUUGGAGGCAGAGGGAGAGGAGCGUCGAUCCCCGCCUUCGGAUCUCACGCACUACCUCAUCUCUCUGGGCGAGCUGGUGUUGACCUGGCUCUCCCUCGCUCCCGCGGAAGGGGUGGGACCCGCGCUGUCCCGAAGGCUGCUGGCGAGCGGCUCGAGCUGGACGUUGUUGCGGACUUUCGGCAGGGCCUUCCGGCCUGAUUUGGCGCGAAGGGACGUACCGCCAGGGAAUGGAGACCACAUCGAAGAGGGCCACGACGCUGCUGCUGCUUCAGCUGCCGACGCCACAAGUGCGGACGGGAGAAGGUUAUCGGACGACCCUUCCUUGUCCUACCUCCACGCGGUUGUGGCCAUGGUCGUCGGAAGUUUCGUGUCCUCGGGGAGUAACCUGGCGAGCCGAGCGCUGGCGGCGGGAAUCGAGAGAUACGUUGGCUUGUUUGAGUUUUGCAGGAUCCUCGACUCUGCAAGCGACUGGAUUGCGUUCGCUUGGCCAGCUACAGCUAUGCAUACACCCACACACCCUGGCGGGAGCAUGGCGGGAGAGAUGCGCGUCCCCUCGUUUUGGGCGUUGGCAGGCGACUCCACCUUCUCCAGCAGGCUGGUAGAGAUAAUCCAGACCGCCCAGAUGACGAUGAUCGACCUCAUCAUCAAGGGUGGCUCUGAAUCCGAGGCCACCCGACGAAAUACCACCGACCAGGGUGCAGAAGAGGGGGGCCCGCCAUCAUCUCUUAGAGACCAGGGGGGGGGCGCUAACACGGUCGACGGUGGUAGCCGGGAAGCGUUUGAAGCGCUGCUUCGGCGCCAGCAAGCUAGGAUCGAGGAGCUCGAGCGCCGCUUGCUUGCCCCCGGCGCCAAUGCCGACCAUGUCGAUCCCGCCUUUGUUGCCGAAGGCUGCGAGCAGCAGCACCCUACGCUUACUAUCUAGAGGCACAUCAUGGGUGUCUAGUAGAUGGGAAGGCCGCAGGGACGCACGAUCGUCUCAUGUUGGGUAUUUUGCCGCACUGAAGAAUGAUUUCACGGUCACGGAAAAUCCGUCCCGGGUCCUCAUUUUUCGGGCGGAGCGCUGUGUGUUACUACGGGCUUAAAAUGCUCCAGUGGGAUUGUCGUUGGCACGACAUGGCAUUUGGCGCUUUUGACACUUGCGUGAAGUAGAACAAUAAUACCAGCGUGUACAAUAGACUGCUGGCUCGCGUGGCUCUUGAGGUGCAAAAGAGACUGCGGGUAUGCGUACGUCUUUGUGCCGCACGCGCAGCAGCGCGGACUGGGUUAGACGACGGUUUUCCCCGCGCGUGUUGCUGGAACCCUCAUGCAUUGAUUUGCAGACUGUAAGUGUCGAUGCUUGCUAAUUUAGAUGAGGUGCUGUUGCCUUUUCAUCAUCUUUGCGCGCUGUUGCUGGAGGAGUGUGUAAGACUGCCGUGUUCUGUGCUGUUUUCCAGGAGAAAGCCUAGAAGUGGGAUUGGUGCGCUGUUUCUUGCUGUGCGGUUGCUGUUCUGUGCUGUAGGGUGGGUCCGCCGUGUGUGCCGGAACAGGGGAACUCCCGUCAGGUUCACGGGAUUCCGCAGUCCGGCCC